AUGUAUAAGCAAAAUACCCAAUCCAUUGGCAUCUCCCAGCUCCGAUUAGAUCUCGAGAACCUAUCCAACGAAAUCACCCAUGUCACUCGACGACUACUCGGCCCUCCCUCCUCUAUCUCACCAUAUCUCCCGCUCAACCCUCAAACUUCACCUCAUCGUCUCUCUCGUCUAGUCUCCUUACUCCCCUCAAGGUCUCGUUCGCUGAGACGUAAGGGUAAAUAUGAACCAAUUGACGAAAAGCCUUUACUUUCCGGUCACACCGGUGAUCCACGAAAUUCCGAUGAUUCAGAUACAACUCUCGUACCUCCCGGAACACCACCUCUGUUAAAAGCUGAAGAUAUCUUGAAAGAAAUGGCUCAACCUAUUUCGAAUUUGCAGAGAUACAGUAACAGGCUGCAUCACUUGAAUCUUACUGUUGGGGAGUACAAGAAAGACGAUAAAGAAGAAUUGAUUGGUCUGUUCAAAACUAUCUGUACGAGGUUGAUCGAUCUAUUGGAGUCACUUAAGACAUUAUCAAGAGAUAAAUCGAUGUUUGACAAUGACAAUAUAUCAGAUCGAAAGGAUGAAGAUAAUGGAGAGAUGGAGAUGCGUGAUUUGAUGAUUCAAGCUCUAAUUAAGAAAAUCAACAUCGAACUUACCCGAUUCUCCUCACCUAUCCCUUCUUUCAGCCUGAAUUCCUCUAUGACCAAGAACCCAUUCGUACUUCAUUCCACUUCAUUAACGACCGACCUCACUGCGCCGUCAUCAAUCUUCUCGGGCUCUGGGAAAGUCACAGAUUACGAUAGUGAGAUCCUAAUCUCACCAGCUGUAUCUCAGCGGAGGGAAAGUCUAAGUACACCUAGACCAAUCAAGAUGACCCAUCAUAAUCAUCUGGACCGCGAGAUAGAGACCAUGUCCUUGUCGUCUUUCUCUUCUCUGGACAAGACAGUCGAAGGAGAAUAUGCAUUGUCCAGUAACAAUAACCAAAAUUGGGCUCAAAAUAUAAUCAGAUUAGGAUCAUAUCAGGCUAGUUGGUUGUUUAGUAAUACGCCUGUUGCUGUGAUGAAGUUGGGUGGGGAUCAUGAUGAAAGGGCGAAGUUGAUUUGA